AUGAAUGCGGAGAAGUUGACUGCUCCGCUGAUGUACCUUUGGAGACCACAGCCGGUGGUCACCAUCGGACGGCACCAGAAUCCUUGGAAAGAGUGUGUUCUCUCGCAGCUGGACGAGGACGGUGUCGCCUUGGUUCGCCGGCGAUCGGGGGGCGGCGCCAUCUUCCAGGAUGCUGGCUGCUCUGUUUUCACCUUCUUGUUCCCAUCGGGGGAAUUCGACAUCGACCGCAACCUCGAAACGGUUCUGGGGGCUUUAGGCCGCCUGGGUGUUCAGGCUGAGAAGAAGGGCCGCAAUGAUCUCACCUUUGAAGACAAGAAGAUCUCUGGUAGCGCUUUUAAGCACGCACCGGAUCGCGGGGUGUCCCUGCACCACGGCACUGUUCUUGUGGACACCGACCUCACUGCCCUCCAGAGAUACCUGACGCCGGACAAGCGCAAGCUGCAAGCCAAGGGAAUCGCCAGCGUGGGCGCCCGGGUCAUGAACCUCAAGGAAAAGUUCCCGGAGGCCAUCGGAACCCGGAGCAUUCGGCACGCGGUAGACGCGCCUUCCUGCUUGGGCUUCGUCCGCGGGACGAUGAAUGUCAUUGUCAUAGCCAAGACAGUUCCGCCACAGCUCUUUUGGUGCGGUGAGGGGGCCCAGGACGCAGAAAUCGAGGAGAUCGACGAGAACUCGGAAAUGGCCCAAGACUUGAUCUUUCUCCACGUGCGGGGCGAGUUGCAGAACAAGGAGCUGCCAGGCUUGCAAGCACAACCUCCCCACGACCUUUUCGCAUCAGCUACAGAAGACGAAGCAAUGGCAGCCGUUUGCCCGAUCUGCUUUGAAGACGAUCGCCGGCCUGUUGAGUAUGCCACCAUGCACAACCACAGCUGGCACAACCAACAUUGCGAUGCUCAUGGCAUCUGUUGGAAGUGUUUGAACCGCUUUGUGGAGGUGCAGAUUCUGGAGGAGGGCCGAUUCAACAUCAAGUGCCCCGGAAUUGGUUGCAACUACCGCCUCCUCCCCCUCGAUGUGGAGAGGGCCUUAGAGCUGUCAGAGCCGGAAUGCCAGCAAGUGGCACUAGAGCGCUACAGCAGCAUGCGCAGUGCGAGCCAUGGGCAGAGGCUCCGGGAAGUCGUCCUUGAAACGGCCGGGCCUUCAGAACGCUGGCUGUUGGAGGAGUGCCAGGCAUGUCCUCAGUGCCUUUCAUUGGUUCGGCGCGAAGAUGGCUGCCUUCACGUCUUCUGCCGCUGUGGCUGCGAUUUCUGUGCCGGUUGCGGCAGCCCCAAGGGUUGCUUGUGCUCUCAGCUGGAAAAGGACCGCGAGAUCGUCUUUGCAGCAUGGCUCCGGAUAUCCCCGGACUCGCCAGCAGCAUGGCUGAGGGACCUGCGCUGUGACAGGCAAGAGGAGCAUCUGCUGACCACUUUGGGUUUCUUCCUUUGGAUGGCCUACCUCCCGGUGGACCUACCCUGGACACGUGCGCUGGAAGAGCCAGAGCAUUCACUGCCACCAGUGCGCUGGCGAUCCAAACACUCGGACUAUAGGGCCGGCAGCAGCGAAGAUUGGGCAUUCGACUUGGAGCCCGGCCACGUCUUCCGCUACCCACUCGGCUCUUGGUGUAACUUGGUUGACGGCGACGAAGAAGAGAACUGCUUCCAGCACUACCGGCGCGCCCCCCGUCGACCCUGGCGUCCCUUCGCCACUCAGCGCAGCUCUCGGCGACAGGACCGACACCACUACACGCCCCUAUGCUGGAAAGACGUCCGCCCGUGGACUGGGGAUGAUGCAGCCGCGCCCCUGCGUCGCCGAAGGCAGCCCCGAGCUGUGGCGACAGGCGCGCGCUCAGCGGAACAUGCCGCGGCUGCUGCUCGCAAGGUGUGCGCACAGCGCAGGCGCCGGCAGGAAAUGCACAGACGCUUCAGGGAACAGCUGGUGCAGCUGGAUUGA